AUGGUUAAAGCAGUUGCUGUAUUGAGAGGUGACGCCAAAGUCACCGGAGUGGUUCACUUUGAACAAGCCUCCGAGUCUGAACCUACCACCAUUUCCUGGGAAAUCACCGGUAACCAACCAAACGCUUUGAGAGGCUUCCACGUCCAUGCCUUUGGUGACAACACCAACGGUUGUACCUCUGCCGGUCCUCACUUCAACCCAUUCACCAAGACCCAUGGUGCCCCCGAAGACGAUGAAAGACAUGUGGGUGACUUGGGUAACAUCACCACCGACUCUGAGGGUGUUGCCAAGGGUACCAAGCAAGAUUUGUUGCUUAAGUUGAUUGGUAACAACCACAUUAUCGGAAGGAGUGUUGUUGUUCACGAUGGUGUCGAUGACUUGGGUAAGGGUGCUCACGAACUCUCCAAGACCACCGGUAACGCAGGGGGCAGAGCUGCUUGUGGAGUUAUUGGUUUAGCUAACUAA